GGCGCCAUUGCUUCCCCUCCCCAUUCUCCGCAUUGCUGAUCUGCGCGCCGCGGCUCCCAUAACCAUCCAUAACAGCAUCAUCAAGAUCAAAACGUUUGAAUGGAUUCUCCGAGCGGGAGGAGGGAGAACGAUUAUUUCAGCAUGCCGUUGUCAGAUCUAGGCGAACCUGAUAGGCAGUUUGCUAGGUGCCGAAACCUCAUCAUGUCGGCAUAUGGGUAUGGUGGUGGCGAUCCUGGCCUGGCAAAGUGGAUCGUGCGAGAAGCCGCCGGGGGGUCGCGGAAGCUCUACUUUUGCGUCUUAGGAAGUUUAUUCUACAUCGGCUUCGCGCCUACUCCCUACAGGCUUGAGCAAUGCGAUGAGCCAGUCUACUUCGACAAGCCUCAGGACGAGGACGAGGGUGACGAUUCGGAUGAUGAUCACGGCAGCGGUCCAGUGUACGACAAGUAUGAGCACAACGAAGCUGCAGAAGUUCACGUUACAUGGAGAAAGCUGGACGGUACUGUGUUUGCAAGUAAUGAAGCUAUGAUCUUUAAGCUGACACGAGAGGAUGUGAUGCGAGGCUUCACGCUAGCAAUUGCUUCAAUGCAACCAGGAGAGAGAGCCAUAUUCACUAUCCCUCCUAAAUUUGCAGUAACCAUGUCCGGCGGUUCUCUAAAUAUCCCUACAAAUCAAACAUUAUGGCUCGAUGUCGAGCUCAUCUCUCUCAUAACUGAUAUAUUCGAUGAUCAAGGAAUAUUUAUAAAGACAGUCAAGUUCGGAAGAGGGAAUGAUCACCCUUGUGAUUCUGAUGAAGUGUUUGUGAAUUAUAAUGCUCGCUUGAUGGAUGGGACUUCAGUUUCCAAAUCUGAAGGGGUUGAAUUCGUCCUCGAAAAAGGCUUGUUUUGUCUCGCAUUUGCACAUGCUGUGAAGACUAUGACAGAAGGACAGGAAGUUAUUCUCAUUAUAAAACCAGAAUAUGGUUUUGGUGAAAGUGGUAGGCGUUCCAAUGGAAAUGAAGAUGUCUUUGUGCCACCUAAUAAAAUGCUACAUGUCGACCUCAAAUUGAUAUCCUGGAAGACAGUUAGUCACAUUGGAGAGAAUGACGAUAUUAUCAAGAAAACUCCAUUCAAAGCAAACAGACCAGACGCAACAUACCUUUCCAUACGAAACCAUGCAGUCGUGAAAGCACGGCUGGUAGGUAAACUUGAGGACGGAAUUGUUUUUGAGCAGAGGGGUCAUAGUGAAGAGGAGCCAAUUGAGUUCACCAUUGAUGAAGGGCAUGUUACCGAUGUCUUAGAGGAAUGUGUGAUGACAAUGAAUGCGGGUGAAGUUGCCUCCUUCACCAUUCCACCUCAACAUGCAUUCGGUGGUGUUGGAUCAAAACAGUACCAUCUUGCCGGAGAACCAUUCCGCUAUGACUCUUGAUGAGAAAAUUGAAUCUGCCCGUAAGAAGAAAGAGGAGGGGGACCAUAUCUUUACCUCCGGAAACUUUUUGCGAGCAUAUAGGAGGUAUUUCAAGGCCAGCCAGAUCCUACGGUCAUGCUCUCCGGAUCCAGAUGGUGAAAUAAAGCAAAUGCUAAUUUGCAUGGCUUUAAGCGGUGCUAAAUGCACGAUGCAACUUCAACGCUUCAAACAGGCAUCCGACUGCAUCCAUGAGGCUGCAGGCUCCAUCCCCUUCCUACUUCGACUACAUGGAUUUGGUCGAACAGGAGGUGGACCCGCUGAGGACGCUGGGGAGGUGACCUCGAGCUUGCUAUGCUCUAGGUCCUGCGGGAUCUUCAUCGAGGUAUGUAAGUGUUUGACUUGUACGAUUUCUUCCCAGGAUAGACUUGUGGUUUUCUGAUUGUUACCUUUUCAUGGUACCCAGUUGGUUCCAUUUUGGUCUAGUCUUGUGUGUCUUUGAGCCUAUGUAUUUGCUGAGUACUUCAUUUGCUUAGCUUUUGGCUUGUCUUUGUCUUUCUCUUAGUUUUAGCUUGGUUAGUUGCAUUGUACAUGUUUGCAUUUUGCAUUGCUUCACUGCACUGGCAUUCUUGUAUACACUGUUAUGAUCUUCUAGUGCUUGCUAGUGUAGUUUCUUAGACUUGAUCAUGUAUAGC